AACCAUGACGAACGGUUUCCCAAUUCUUCGAUUACCUUCAAAACCUCUACGUUCUAUACUUCAAACGAUGAAAUUUGUAGAAUUAGUGAGCAUCUCUUUUACCUCAAAAGUUGCAAAACGUCAUGUUAAGGCAUUGAAUAUGAAAGUUUCCUAUAUUAAUAUGUUUUUGUCAAGACUAACGAUAAGACUAGUUGUUAAUUUCAAUGGUACUUUGCCAUUGAAUUUUCGAAUUCCCGACAGGAAUGUUUCCGAACCGAGAAAAUUAAACAAAAAACUGAAUUAUAUGAAAGUGAAAGAAGGCCCAAUUUUUGAGGAAACAGAAGUAUUUGAGUGGAAACCGUCGGGAAUUCGGUUCAAAGAGAUCGCAAAUCAUGUCCUUGAAAUAUUUCACAAGUCUGAAUUUAGUACGCUCAUGAUUUCUCACGAUUACGACUACAAAACGAUGCUGCAAGAGUUGAAAGAUUUCAAGAUUCGCAAACUGUGCAUUUCUUCUGAUCGCAUUCAAAACUCCGAGCUUCGUAGAAACCUAUUGGAGAAGUAUUCACGACAGUUUAGAGAGCUGGCUCUAGACUAUCAUUCAUUGAAACCUCAAGAGUUUCACUUAAUUGUCAGUAUUAGCUACAAUAAUUGUUACCUGUACAAAGUUCCCAUGAAACUUGAAGAUUUGUUGGUUUCAAAUAUUUUUUUAAUGUGUAUUGAUAAACCAUGUCCCUUAAAGCAACUAUGCUUGUUUCUAAAACAUUGGAUUAAUGGAUCAAACGACCGAUUGGAAUAUCUCGAAAUGAAUCUUCCCGCCAAUUCCACUAAAACCCAAUUUAUUUCGAUUGCCUUAAAUGGUAUUGAUUAUCAAUUGGCAUCAACCGACAAGGAGUGGGAGAGUGCCAAUAAUGGGCUUAUAAAAACUACUGUCGUUAAAACUGGAGGAUUUGAUAUCAGACAAAACGAUGGAACCAUUGCAACUGUCACUGUCGAUGAAACUUUUCAAAAAUUGCGCAUGUUCGUGUGGAAAUGAUAAAUUACUCGAAAAACAAAUGUAAACUUCUUUACUUUUUUUAAUGAUUGUUUUGAAUAAAGUUUUGUUA